AUAAACGACUCGCAAACGUUUUCCAACACUCGCACAACAACGCACAUGUGCACUGCCGUGUAGCAUAAGGAAAACAAACUUAAUUAUGGUGCGUAAACUGAAAUAUCAUGAGCAAAAGUUGCUCAAGAAGGUGGAUUUCAUCACAUGGAAAGUCGACAACAGCAGCAAAGAGAACAAAAUCCUACGCCGCUACCAUAUACAAAAGCGUGAGGACUACACAAAGUAUAACAAAUUGUCGCGCGAAGUAAGAGAACUCUGUGAGAGAAUAGCAAGACUCGAUGGAACGGAUCCUUUCAAGGGAGAGGCUACGGCCAUGCUUAUGAACAAACUGCAUGCGCUGGGUGUUGCCAACGAUCAUAUUACCUUGGAGACCGCCAGCAAAAUGUCCGCUAGCAACUUUUGUCGUCGCCGCUUGCCCGUGGUGAUGGUCAGACUGAGAAUGUCGGAGAGUCUUAAGCAUGCCACCGACCUCGUCGAGCAGGGUCAUGUUCGUGUGGGUCCAGAAAUGGUUAAGGAUCCAGCCUUUCUGGUUUCCCGCAACUUGGAAGAUUUUGUCACCUGGGUAGAUGGCUCCAAAAUUAAAGAGCAUGUACUUCGUUACAAUGACAUGCGCGAUGAUUUCCAAAUGUAGAGGACGAUUCUGUUUCAAGUAUAAUCUAUUUUAAGCAAAUUAAAUAUAUGGCUGUUCAUUUUUGUACAGAAGUAGAGCUGCGGGUUUGACGUCUUCCGUUAAGAUUCAUUAUAGAAUUCUUUGAUUUGUAUAAUGUAGUUGCAAUAUAUGUCCACGUGUGAUUGAUCCCUUAAACAUUUGAAAGCUCAAUCAAACUCAAUUGAGCAAGGCUAUCGAGAAAACCUAGCCUUGCGCUUACACAGAUGGUCAUGACUAGAACGAGUCGGGAAUUACAUUAUGGAACCGAGGAUGCUUCCUUCGACCAGGAGCAUAAAAUCGCAUAAAACCAAUAUUCCAUUUUUUAACUAUUUUCCAUGUCAAUUAUUUCGAAUGUCAAACAACAAAGAAAAACAUUUUUGGCCGUAAUUUGUUAAAUUAUCAUUUUUAAUAACUUUAUUACAUUUCAUAUAAUAAUGUUUAGAUCGCAUUAAUAUAAUUCAUUAUAUUGGAGCCUUUCACGCCAAGGGCGCAACAGCGCCGACACUGAUAAAUACAUAUAUAGUACAUACAUA